AUGAUCAAAAGUGGUAGAUUCUUUGCCCUCACCUCCAAUGUUGCGGCUUCACAAAUGGAACUUUUCAACUACUUCCACGUCGCAAUCACAUCUUGCCAGUUCUACAGACGGGAAUCGAAAAGUAGGAGAGGAGAAAAAGGCAAGGGAGGCAAAGCGGUAGUAGCUACAGCAGCAGUCAGAGGAGAAACCGACAACACUCAGGCCACCAGCGUUGCCACUUACUGUGAUCCCUUUCAGCUACGCAGAUACAUCCUGCGUCUUGUGAACCCCAACAGCUCCAGCAGCGUUCAACGAUUUGCUCUCAGCCAUACGCAGGUCCAGCACUGUGUCCUCCAUGGCAGCAAAUAG